UUUAUGAUUCAAAACUUUGGAGAACUUUUCAUUCAGUAUUAAAUAAAAUUUUACAAAAUUUCAAGUUUUAAGAAAUGUCCAAAAAAGCCAAGAAAAAACCCAAAGAAAUCGACUGGUCGGACGAAGCAAAUUUCGAUAAAAAUCGUUCCCUGGUCUACAUUGAACAUUCCCUGGAAUGUCCCAUUUUUACCAUGAAAGCUGAUGAGUUCUUGCUUUAUUUGCAAUCAGAAAUACCCGAACGACAAUUUGUUUUGAUACGAAAUCACUUUGGUAAAUUGGAACCCAGACCGGGAGCCUUUGAAAUAGAGUUUUCACAACAUGCUCGCACAUCUAAACAUAAUUUGUGGUCGGGUGUAGAUAGAGGACCGCCAAGACGUGAUAAAUUUCCCGCUUUUGAAUUACUAAUGCCAGAGGUGCAAAGAAUUUUAAAGAAAUUUUAUCCAGAUGUGAAAGCAAAUGUAGAGGAGGAUAGAAAUGAGGAGACAAACUAAUGAAAAAUUGGUAAUUUCAAUCUGAAAUAUCUUUAAAUUGAUGUAAAAAGUACAGA